CUGUGUAGUCUACUUAUGAGUAAUAUGUUGUGUUGUUUUUGCAGCGGACUUGUACCUGUCCCCGGUAGAAACCUACUGUGAGAAUAUCGACUACCAUAUCUUCAACGAGGACAGCGACACAUCACAGUUCACCGAGGACGAGAUGGUCAGACUCCAUAUGGCUCGAUCGAUGAUUGCUCUGUUCAUAGUGUCUUUCUUCUUCGUGUUCGUGGCCUUCUGGACGGGAGUAGCUGGAUGCUGGCGACGCUCUCCUGGCAACAUAGCCUCAACUGCUAUCCUCAUGCUUCUUGCAUGUUUGUUCUCAGCUGGUGGCAUGGGACUGUGGCAUGGUGUGGAGUACUAUGAGGAGGAGAAACUAAAGACUGAGCCCUGGAAAGCUUCAUGGGAUAAGACAUUGCAGGAUGCUACUACCAUCCAGUACGACUGGUCUUACAUGAUCUCCUGGAUUGGAACUGGUAUGGCGCUGAUGGCAUUCUGCCUGUUCCUGGGUGCAUCGCAGUGCAUGCAAGCUGAACAACAAAAUGAACAGGCUAAGCAGAUGCAGUACAUUAUGCCAGUUUAUUCGCAGAAGCCCCAGUACCCUUCUUAUGGCUAUGGCUACCCAGGACCUUACCAUUAUGGAUCCCAGUAUGGCCCUUACAAUUACUAGAAGUCUUUCAAAAACCUAAGGGACUUAUUGCUGGGGACCCUAAAAUUAUUAUUUAACUGCAGUACCUACCAGAUAGCUCCAUUACUACCAUCAUAGCCAGGACUGCACCAAUAUGGAUUUUUGUGAACACUUAAUUGACUUACUGCAGGCAAGGUUUUAACAUUAUGGUGUCAGUAUGGCCUUAGUAACUGUCAGACAGCUACCAUUAUAGCUUGAGUCAUAUUGUUGUAGCUCUGUGGGGCAUAAAUUAUUUCUAAAUAAGCUACCAUCAUGACAAGUGGCCUUUGCAAAUCCAUUACUGGCCCAUAAAGUAAUAAAGUGUCACUAUUUUACUCUUGCUUUUUUGACUGUGAAUCUCAGAAUCUGCCAUGUAGCCAGUGAAUGACUACAAGCAUUGAAUUCUGGGUCUUCCUCUGAAUUAUAGUCCAAACAAAUAUUAAUGGACUACCAUCCUGCCUAAAACCCACGGCAGAUCUGCUCUGCUUAACUAUGUUAAUGCUGGUAUGUUAUUGCCACAUUCAGUCUGUUAAAAUACAUUGCAAAGCUGAUUUGCAGUGCAUUUUAGUUACUUUACAGAAGCUUGAAAGUUUUUCUUCAGAAUGAAGGCAGUCAUUGUGGUGCCUGCUGUGUUUAUUAUUUUUUUUUUUUUUUUAUGGUUUAGAAUGAGUAUUUAGUCUAAAAUAACACUCAGAACUUGUAUAACAUCAACUCUUUCAUAAAGUAAUAUGGAAGAUGGAAUGUUUAUGUUCACGACUGUUUUUCUUCAUUUGCAGGUACAGUAUAUACGGUAUAUACAGUAUUUAACAUUGAUGGAAAUAAUACUCGAUUUCAUAAGAUAAAAAUUAUUGUACGAUUGAAAAAUACCCAAAUAUCUUUGCUUACUAAUAAUGAAAUCAACUACAGUCAUUUUUAACAUAUUAUUUACAAAAAUACUCCAUUCCAAGUGUCAGCUGUACACUAAUAAAUAAAGAACCAUUGUUCUUAGUAUAAAAUCAGGGGAAAAUAAAACAUAAGAGCAUUGCAACUAAGUUGGGGGUAAAAGAGACAACACCCAAGAAUACAUUUUGAGGUUGACUGUAUGCCUAAAGUGUGAUUGUUACUUUGUACAUACUGUUCUCAAACUAGUUUUAUAUGUGAUAGUAUCAGUGUCCUUUCAUAAAUCCAUUAAUGUUAACCAGGAAACCAGAAUGUGACCUUGAAUAUUGUUACCCUUAAUUUCAUCUUUGUUACUUUAGAAUUGUACUUAAAAAUGCAGAUUUUCAUGCAUAUCAAGGAGGUAUUCAGUAGGCAUAAAUAUAAUGCUCUCUUAUGGACAACCUUGUUUUUUCCUCAAGGACAACCUAGUUUUUUUCCUCCCCCCAAAUAACUCAUUGGGUUCAGUUUUUUCUUUUGCUAACUCAUUGUGUUAUCACACUCAUUUGUUGUAGCUUUGUAUGAAAGAAGCCAAAUGUUUCACCUUCAUCAAAAAAGUUUUCUGGAGAUACUCAGUCUAUUUUUAUUAUGCAUUCUCCAUAACAUUUUCUUCACAUAUGUUUAUAUUUUUUAGUUCAUUAAUAGAAAUAGAUAUAUCGCUCAAAUAAAUAAAUUUUAAAAUCUUUUUAUAUUUCUGUAAUUAUGUAUUUUAUAUGCAAUGUGAAUGAAGUAUAAUAUGUGGAAAUUAUCUUGUAUACAGGUUGUAUGUUUAAUAAUCUUGCUUGUACAUACUGCAUACCUGAGUGUACUCUAUUUAUUAGCUUCUCCUCUACUAACUUAGAUGAUAUGCAUAUACUUUUUAUAUGAUGAUUGUAAGAAUGUUCAUACUUGUGUGUUUAUAAGACAGUUCUGUGAAAACCGUGGAAUGAUAAUAUUUAUUCCAAUACCUUGUGAACAAAAUGAGUUUAUAUUGUCUCAGUGAUGACAGCUGCACAUGUGGUAUGUCUAAUUUGAUGAUACUAUAUUUGUCUUUUCUUGACCAGACUAUUUUGGGCAGUACUCCACAGAUACGGUAUUUAGAGAUUACUGGAGUAAUCUCUAAAUACCGUAUCUGCAUUUUGUGUUGAAAUGAAGACUUUUAAAUGUAAUAAUACAUUUUUACUGUCAUUAUAAAACCCAUGUAAGCAACUAUUUAUUUUACUGUUAAUAUAUCUCUUAUGUUUUAUACUGGACAGACACAGUUGUGCUUCUUGUCAUCCUGAGGAAAUCUUGGAAAUGUCCCUGUACACACAUACAAUAAAUGUUUUGUAUACA